AUGGCUGACCAAUACAUGAUUCUAGAAUUGAAGAGGACCCCUGCUGAGUUUACUAUAUCAAAUAUAGUGGAAUGGGGGCAGAAUGAUAAUGUUGGUGAAAUUCUGUUUUUGUUUUUGGCUAACUGCUUGCAGGCCCUUUCAGAGGUUGAAGAUGACCUGAAGGAUAGUUGCUUAUGUAAUAUCCUCAGAAUUUUCAUUGAGAAAUCUCCUAGAUAUAUAUAUCCAGUUGUCUCUAUUCUCACUAGGAGUUUCGUUGAUGAGGAUGGGUCUUUCGUAGUGGAGGCUUCAAAAGCUGACAUCAUGGCUGCAAUUUCCCAAGCAUCUGGAAAGUCCGUUGAUGUUUUAAAAUAUGAGAUGCAGCACCUAUCUGACUUAGCAUCUCUUGCUGAAUCCAAUAGGGCAGCUUGCCUUGUGAUCGGUCGGAGACCGCAUACCAUUGAUUAUCUGUUUUCAAAGAUCAUUGCAUUAGCAAAGGAUAGUGUCAGAGAGGUGGGUCGCAGAGGUCGGAGAAAAAAACUUAGGAAGACAUUGCUUGCUAUGUUCGUUGCAGCUUCAGAAUUUGAAGCUGGUAUUUUGGUUCGGCUUUUACAGCCUGUUUGGACCAAGGUCCCUGAGAAUGUUGUUCUACAUGCACUUGCAUGUGCCACGGUCUAUGCAGAUAGACGUAUCUUUCCUGAGGAUAUCCCUUCUCAUGUCGACCGAGCAGUUGAUCUCUACAAUGAACUCUAUAAGUUGCACCAAUCCCUCCGAUUAUUAUGUGAUGCCUAUCCGUGUGAUUGCUAUAAGUAUAUGCCUGAAAUCAUUGGUUUUGCCCCUGGUAUACCGUUGGAAUUAAUGGAGGCAGAACACACACAUGGGAUAUCGGAGAUUUUGAACAAAUUUGAUUUGAAGAGGUUUGCCUAUGAAUCUAAUGACUACGACGAGGUUAUUCGUGCUCAGGUUUGA